AUGGAUUCAAUGAGAUCGUUGAACACCUCACUCCCCAGCUCCACAUCUCACGUCCAACCGCCCGAACAAUUAUUACAGGCCUUCAAAGCUGCCGCCCUCUCGGUCACGAACCUCUACAAGAGUGCUGUCACCGAUCAGGCACAGGCGAAACAACUAGGUUACCAGGAAGCUAUCGAAGAUCUUCUACAUUUCCUUGACCGCAAACAUCUUGGGUUGGGGGAUGGCGAAGGUUGGCAAGUUCGCCAAUGGGCCACAGAACGACUCGACGGAGUGCCGUCGAACGGUGAUAGCGAUGAUGAGGAUAAACCAACGAGGAGUGCAUCGCCAGUAGUUAACCGAAAGGAGCAUCAUGAAAUCGAUCAGCCACGACACAUUCCAGAACCCACACAGCCCACCGAUGAGCAACGACAACAAACCGAGACGACCCAAUCAACAGMCCCCGCCGAUACUACGUUUGCGAAACCUCCCGUCUUCACGUUUACAUCUGGGCCUACCUUUCCAGUCUUUGCACCACAAGACGUUGAUAUGCAAGCAGAUACCGUGUCCGUGACCUCAACCUCACAGGAUGAGGCUGGGAUAUCCAUGUUCCCACGAAACACACGAGCUUCCGGCCGUUUGAACAACAACACUCGACGAUCAUCGACACAUGCGACUAGCCUAGGAACGAAGCGUAAGCUUCAAGUCCCUGACUUCUUCGACUUAUCAGGUCUGAAUGGCCGUGAGUUCUUUGGGGGUGGCAAACGAGGACGAUUUACAUGA